CCAUAUAUCCAGUGGCCAACAUCCUCUGGAAAAACAUCUGGGGGAAACUCGACAAUAAGCCGGUGAUUUACACCAAUUAGAUAAUCUCAACGGGACAAAUUCUGGGUCAAGCGCCCGCCUGCCCUCCUACGCUCCCUGUCAGGCUCAGGUGAGCGGGAUAGUCUGUUGGCAAGUAACGGGUGAGUGUCUGUCUCCCCCCUUACACGUCCUCAUCUCAUCCCUUCAACCCCCCCUCUUCAUCUCCGAGGGCUAUAUAUUGGAGGUUGUGACUCGUCUGCAUCUUGAGCAUCACUCGCACCCGCAGACGUUCGUACAAACCCACACGUGUGUGCUUCAUUUUGAGCGCAGACGAAGAGCAGACGACAAGCAAACGAAGAGCAGACGACGAGCAGCGAUGAGGUCCCUGUUGAAGCUGGUUGUGAUUCUGUUUUGCGUCCAGAGGGGAGAGGGCCGCUGGCUGAGUUCACUGAUUGAUCAGAAACCAGAAGCAGCAUCUCCAAACACGUCACUAAAUGGGGACAACAAAAAUGGAGAUCCAGCUGCAGAAGACGACCAAACAGAAGCUUCUGGAGUCGGGCCAUCACCUGAUCCCCUCAUCCCAGUCUUAGUCCGAUCACGUCGCUCUACCCCAGACUCCCAGUGCGGCCUACGCUCCGUCCUGCUACAGGUUCGAAACCUAGGACUGGGAUACGACUCGGAUGAGACCAUCCUCUUCAAGUACUGCAGCGGGGCGUGCCCCCACGUUCGCUCCAACCAUGACCUCACCCUCACCAACCUGCUGGUGAGCGGCCUGCUCCCUCAACCGGUAGCUGGGGAGCUGUGGCACAACACGCCCUGCUGCAGACCCACCCACCACGAGGACGUGGCCUUCCUCGAUAACUCGCACCGCUGGCACAAGGUGGAGAAGCUGUCGGCGGCGGGGUGCAGCUGUGUUGGCUAGACGUCCGAGCGUAGGCGGUUGAAAAAGUAGAGACGUGCAAUGGUUUGUGAGGCCAUUCUGAGGAUCAGUUUGCUGGCAGGUUUUGUUGUAAUGUCUGUAAAUGAAGAUUUUAACCCUAUGAAACCUGGAUCAACAUCACUUUUCCUAUGCUGCGUUCAGAGGCCUUCAUAAGUUUUUACACCUUUGAAAUCUGAGCACAUUGGUUUGCUUUCUUUUGAAAACAUACGGGAAAAAAGACAACAAGCAAUUUGAAAUCAAAAUGUUCUGC